UGAAAGGUACAUCGUCAUCACGAAGCUCACAUGGCGGGAAAUUUGGCGUGAAGUUGUUUACAUUAUCCAAAGUCGGCACUGUUUAUACUUCAUAUUAAUAUUACUCAAACAUGUCGGAACUAGAUGCGCUGUCUCUGGAGGAAGAUGAAGAGGUUGAAACUAUGACAGCAGCUGAAGUACUUCAGAAAUUAGAAGAGGCAUGGUUAGAUGAGAAAUUCUCCCCUGACCUCCUGGAGGCAAAGACCGACCUUGUGGAUUGUAUGCUGGAGCAGAUCACAGCCAUGGAGGAGAACAUUCGAUCAGCCAAGAGGGGAGAUUUUAAAGUCAGCAUUCAUAGAAUGGAGAUUGACAGAAUCCGAUAUGUACUCAGCAGCUACUUGAGAUUAAGAUUAGAAAAGAUUGAGAAAUACUCCGCCUACGUCCUGCAAGCUGAAGCCCAGAGGAAGGAUGAUGACACGGCCUUGAUGUCGCCUGGCGAAUACACUUUUGCAAAAGAGUUUCAGCAAGGAAUGGAGACACAUUUCAAGACUUUAUCCCUGAGACACAUGCCGGCCAACCUACAAACACUAACUCCUGCGCAAUCAAUUAUACAGCCGAACCUUGACAGCUACGUGUUCCUGCGCGUGAAUGAGAAUACUGAUGGUGUGCUAGUGGAGGAGGAAACACUGGACACAGGAGAGGAGAUUGUGGACCUUCAGAAAAACGACCAGCACAUCAUGAGAUACAAACCCAUUGCUUCCCUGGUGGCCGCUGGAGCAGUCUCACUCAUAUGAGAUACUUAGACAUCUCAUUCAGGAGACACUGUGAGACAUUUCAUUCAGGAGACACUGUGAGGGGUCUCAUUCAGCUGUGAUGCUGUGAGAAAUCUUAUUCAGAUGAGACACUGUGAGACGUUUCAUUCAGGUGAUACUGUGAGGCUUUGAGACGUUUCAUUCAGGACACACUGAGACGUCUCAUUCAGAUGAGACACUGAGACAUCUCUUUCAGAGAAGACAUUAUGAGACGUAUCAUUCAUAUGAGACAUUGUGAGACGUAUCAUUCAGAUGAGACAUUGUGACAUAUUAUUCAGAUGAGACAAUAUUUAACAUUUUUCAUUCCGAUGAGAUGUUUCAGAAAUGUCUCACUCAUGAGACACUGAGAGUUAUUUCAUUCAGAAGGGAUGAGACAUUUCAAUCAGAUGGGACAGAGCAAGGUGUCUUGCACGUAUGAGACAGAGAGAGAGAGAUGUUUCAUUGUGGGAUAGUGUAGUAGCAGAACUAGGUUUCAAAAACAUCCUCUAUUACCUAGGGUAUAAUACCUCUUUUCUGCAGCAUUAAAUAUCCUGAACACAUUGAGCACCAGAACUUUGUUUCUUAUGUAAAGUCAACCACCUCAGUGGUCUAGUGGUAGAGCGUCCGCCCCAAGAGCGAAAGACCCGGGGUUCGAUCAUGGGCCAUAUAAUACACAAAGACAUUAAGAUGUUACUUCUUGUUACCCUGUCUGGUCAGCACAGAGUCAGUGUACUGUGUCUGAGAGGGGUAUUCAUGUUAAACUGCGGCAUGGUAUCUCAACGGGAUUGCACCAUAAAAUCGGCAUUAGUCUGGACUAGUACAAGCAGCGCACGCCGCUAUGUAAGUGCAGUACUCUUGCACCUGACGUUAACCUCACCUCACCUCAUCUCUUACGUGACGUGACGCCACUACCUGCACCUGUUUUAUCAGUAACUGAACACAUAACCUCUCGCUGUUGGCUAUUUUUAGCAUCAUGCCAUUUUAACUGAGCUCAGAAAGAUGCUAUAGUAACAGAUGGGUCCAGGCUAUUUCUUCUCAAAGGAUGGUGAUAUUCUUCACUGGACAUACAUGCUACACUGGACAUACGAGGGUUUGCUGCAAGGCAUAAGAAGCUUGUUCACUCAGUCCUGAUCAAUCUUCAUCUUGUCACAAUACUGGAACAACACACCACUGUCGCAUACUGGAAUAGAUAGUGCCAUAUUUUGUUUAUUAAACAAUAUUCACCUCA